UACCAAGCACUGUCGCGCGUGACGAACCCUGCUUUACGACAGUUGUUAGUUUACGCAAAAUGUGUUUUCCGACAGUGACUUGAAAGCACCACGGCGGUGAUAAAGCUUUUUCGGUUGUCGUCAUUCGUUUCGGAAACAAGUUUUAAAUUGCUACAGCAAACGUCAGUUAUAUAAAAAAUAUUGUGAAGUCGUGUAUACGAGGUGUAGGCCGUACGAAGAGUUUUUUUUAAUCCUUAUUUUUGUCGUUAGUAAAGUUGCAACUCGAGGCCCAACAAACGGAGCGGCUCUGAAGGAAAAAAAAAAAAAGUUUUGUUAUUGUCAUGUGACGUGAUACGCAUGUGGUGAUAAAGUGUGGCUAAUCUCUCGGACUAUUUACAUCCAGUUAUUUGAUUUCAGCUUGCAAGUCCUAUUUUCAAAGCAUGCCUCAACCAAAAUUUAGAAAGAUUGCUGUUUUGGGGUACCGGUCAGUUGGAAAGUCCUCUCUCACUAUUCAGUUUGUGGAAGGGCAGUUUGUAGAUGCAUACGACCCUACAAUCGAAAACACUUUUAAUAAAAUGGUCUCUGUGAAUGGACAAGACUUUAAUCUUCAGCUGGUCGACACUGCUGGACAGGAUGAGUACUCAAUUUUCCCACAGUCUCACUCGGUGGAUAUUCAUGGUUAUGUUCUGGUGUACUCGGUCACCUCAAUGAAAAGCUUUGAAGUGGUUCAAGUUCUACAUGACAAACUGCUUGACAUGGUUGGAAAAAUACAGGUGCCUACUGUUCUGGUUGGAAAUAAAAAAGACCUUCACAUGGAAAGAGUUAUUAAACCAGAAGAAGGCAAGAAGUUAGCUGACUCUUGGGGAGCUGCAUUUAUGGAAUCAUCUGCUAAGGAAAAUCAGACAGCUGUAGAAGUUUUUAAGCGGAUUAUUUUGGAAAUGGAGAAAGCAGACGGAAAUGCCCCAUCCGAGGACAAGAAAUGUUGUGUUAUGUAGAUGCUGGUCGCUUUCAAAAAAACACAGCAAGCUGCCUGGCCAAAGUUAAGAGUGAUGGCAUCACCAGUCAGCACAAUGCAGGGUGGUGGCAGGACUGCUGUUGUAAAACUCAACCCACUCCUCAUAGCAGACAGGAAGAUUUAUAUAUGAAUUUAUAUUAAAUUGAGAAAAGCACAAAGAAUGGUAAGCUGUCCCAGAAAAAAAUAUCUCACGAAAGGAAAACAAAUAUCUUUAGCCUCAAUUACACUACUGAUCAUUUUUAUUCAAAAUACUUAAAGGUGCAUUUAAAGCGAAUUGUAAAAGCCUCCAGUGUUUUAAUUGCACCUCUUAAAUUCUGACUCUGCUGUGAUAUUUGGUCCUAUAGCACACAGCUAAUAACCUCUGUGCCAUAGGGAUUUGUUGAAUGAACUAUUACUUGGUCAACUCCUGCUGGAUAACCUGCCUUCAACAUAGCAUGAAUGAAUGAAUCAGAACUUAUAAAUCCUUUUCAUCCAUCCAUGAUUUAAUAUGCUGAACCAUGUUCCUGAUGCAUUCUUGGUGACAUGAGUGGGCAGGUAUUAUAUCCUUGGCACAACAAAUAUUGAGGCCUAAAGCAAGUGCACAAUUUUUUUUUUUUUUUUUUCAGGUUAAAUUUUUAUUCACCCUUGUAAUAUUUUAAUUUGUAUCUAGAUAUGAUUAGAGAUGUGGGUGUUUUAACAAUUGUUUGUCAUUUUUGUCUAGUAUAGCUCUGGAAUGUCGCAGCAACUGUGUAUGUAGAAUUUGUAAGAAGUGGAGUAUAUGUGGUGCAGAAAAGUUCAGAGAAACACAGAACUUGCGUUGAAAAUAUACCAAAGCCAGUGAUCACCAUAAAAACGGCUUUUAAAUAAAUACUUUGUCUUUUAUGCCCCAGGAAUAAUGCAGUUGGUUUGUUUUUGCUUUUGAGGUGAUGCGAUCAAUCAGGUUUUAUGGGAUGGUAUAGGAUAAAUUGGUUUCAAAUCGGGCAUAAACUUCAUCACUGUACAGCACAGUCUGGAAAAUGGCAUAUCGCCUGAGCCCAACUUGCUGAAAGUUGAGAAUUCAACAAAAACUUAGAACCUGAAGCUUCAGGUAUUGAAAUGGAUAUAUAAUGAUUAAAAUCUGUCAGAAUAUAUAGUUAGCCAUUAAGAACCAUUUGAAAAACUUUUUUUUUUCUUCUUUCUGGAGAAAGUUGGUUCAAAACAGCUAGAAAAGAAGCUUACAGUAAGUUAGCAGUAACAUAAUGUUAGUGUUUGGGGUAGGAAAGAGAGAGCCCUCACGCCUGAGUUUGGGAGAAGAAGAAGAAAAACACACCUUCAGUCUGGUUUACUGGUUUUUGAACUUCUCAAUCACAAAAUUCUGGGUCACCUGACUGCUUAUUUAUGGUUCAUUUAUCUAGAUCAUCUGUCGAUCAUCUAGCAGCUGACUUUCUUCAAAACAUGAUCAAAUCACAAAGUUUCAGACUUAUAACUGAACACUUUGACAUCUGAUCAUUUAAUGAAUCAAAUCAAUUUCAGAUGGCAUGCUCCUUUAACUCCAGUAGAAAUGCUGUCAAAAACUCAAAGUAUAGUUGUUAGUAAUUAGCAACUGUGUUAACAAUCUCUCUUAUUAAAAUACCAGUGUUAUAAAUUGAAGCAUUUUCCAAAUUGGUAUCAUAUUUUCCAUACACAUUUCCUAGCAUGCACAUCCACCCCCAAACAGUGUCAGAAGUAUUUAAGCCAUACAGGUGUGUUGUCUCAGGUAAUGUAGUCUGAGAAAGCCUUCAACAAAUUUGUGGUGAUACAAAACGCAUUGCUUACUGGACUAAUGGAAUUGGAUUGGCCUUCAACAUUGACGGUUUAAGCUUAAUUGGUUUGAUUUAACUUGAAAUUGGCAGUAUUCUGGAAAUCUUACAUGUUGAAUAUAAAAAUAUUUUAUACUUGAUCAGGCCCCCCCAGUAGGAAACCUGUCAUUUUGGGAGUGCUGAAGGGGAGUGUUGUCUUUAUUUUGAUUUUGGUGGGGAGGAAUCACCUGAUAUUUUUAGAAAAGAGAAUUGAUGCUGUGUUAAGUGCCUUUACCCCAAACCACAUUUGGUCUGUGCUCAUGUCCAAGCAAUUAACCUUUUGUCCUGUAUUCCUUGUGCAGUAUAACAUCAAAACUCCAUACACAUCUGGCAUCAGAUUGCAGUUUGUAUACAUCUUAUUCAGACUAGUACUUUGGUGCUACAUCAAAUGCAUGAUCUUGGGUGCACAUGUCAAAAUGAGGAUAAAAAUUGAAUGACACCAAAUUAAUUUAAAAUCUGUCAACAUCUUUCAGCAAACAAUGACUUUCUGGAAUUCAGUGUGAGAAGACCAAGUAUGGUGGCAUACAAAUAAGCAGGUAUUUAGCCUUUGAACACUGGUAGAAGGAGCAAAGCAACCAGCAUCCAUUCUGCUAUAAAAUAUUUAGACAUUAAAAUUUCUUCAAGUUCAUGGUGCUCUUCCAGGGUUCUUUUCAAUGUCACCAGAAGUUUGUAUUUAUGGAGAAUCCUCUUGUACUCAGUCUCUGCUGUGGGGGUCAUGGUUAAUACCGAAAAUCUUGCUGUAAACAAUUUUGUAUAUACAAAUAAAAUCUUUACUCCUUUAAA